AUGACAACAACACAACGACGAUAUUAUAUAGCACUAGUUGAUUAUUUACCAUCUGGUUGUGAAGCAUUAAAUAUAAAAUUAAACGGCGGUUUGACAGAUGAUACAAACUCAUCAGUAAUAAGGUCAAAAAUAAAUGGUUGUUAUGGUGAAUGUCGACGAUAUUUUACUAGUGAUUGAACUGAACAUGAAAAUUUAAGAGAUGAGCGUGCUGAAGCAUUUCGAUCAUUAUUAUGGCCUGGUGUAUAUGAGUAGAGUUAUGUAAUGCGUGCAACAUGUGCUGGAACAUUCAUUAUUCCAGCAGCUAAAGCUGA